UAAUAAGAACCGCUCCAAAUCCCGGGAAGUAGAGGAACUCCGGCACGGCGGCACCCCCUUUCUAAGGCCCCAAACAAGGGGAAGGAAGGAAAGAUCUAUUCACUACGCAGGGAAGGCGGAUCUCCACAUUGCCAACGAAGAUGUCAUUAGCACUCCAGAGAUCAACGGGGAAGAGAAAGCUAGGGCUUGCUCAAACGGCUGCCGUCGAUCUUGACUCAGAUCCCAAGUAUAAUGGUGACCCCAUUUCAAAACAUCGAACGUGUUGGAUGCAUGUGGCGGUUUAUUUGCGUGCUCGUGAACAGAGGAUACCUAAAAAAAUGUUUUUAGACAUUAAAUCAAGCGCCCCAUGUCUGUUAGGUAAUUUCCCACGUGGUGCAAGAUCAAAAAGACGAGCCAAGUGCAAGAGUAGAAUCUCUAAACCAAAGAAGAAGCUGGACACGGAAACAUUUGACCGCUAUUUGGAAGCUUUAUGGAGCAGCUUCUCAGAGUGUAAAAGAACUUCCUUUGCAUGCUUAGACAGUUUAUGGUUUGCAUUAUACAUGAAAGGAUUUUCUCAAGAAAAGGUGUUAUCUUGGAUUAAGAGGAAGCAGAUUUUUUCAAAGAAAUAUGUUUUUGUUCCUAUAGUUUGUUGGAGUCAUUGGAGCCUCUUGAUCUUCUGCCACUUUGGCGAGAGUAUGCAAUCAAAAACAAGGACACCAUGCAUGUUGCUACUGGAUUCACUGGAAAUGGCUGACCCUAGGAGGCUUGAACCAGACAUAAGAAAAUUUGUAUUGGAUGUUUAUAGAGCUGAAGGCAGGCCUGAGAACAAAGAGAUGAUUCGACGAAUUCCUUUGUUGGUUCCUAAGGUACCACAGCAAAGAGAUGGUGAAGAAUGUGGUAAUUUUGUUCUUUACUACAUGAAUUUGUUUUUGGAAGGUGCUCCAGAGAACUUCAGCAUCGAGGGCUACCCGUACUUUAUGAAAAAAGAUUGGUUUGAUCCUAAAGGCUUGGAUCACUUUUGUGAGAGGCUCAAGUCAUUUGGAAAAUAAUAUUUCCACUAGUUUUGGCGGAUUGAACUCUCUGGAAAGUGAUGUCCACUGCCAAGAAGUCAUCCUCCAUUGAGUACCUUUUUCUUUUCCAGGUGUGAUUUUUUACUGGAGUCUGCUUUAGGUGCCUAGCAGAAGUCCAUAGGAACUGGUCAGCCUGGAAAAAGGAAGGCAGACAGGUUCCUGUUUUGUGAAUACUAACUGCAGAACGUAGGCAAAGCUUCCAAGCCUGUAUAUAGCUAGGACGGACCAUAUUCUAUGGGUAUCAUGUCUAACGCAAUAUCUAAACCAAGCAGUUAGUCUAAGUCAUGGUUAGAGUAUGUAUGUAUAUUCACUCUGGUCAAAUAGACAGGUGGAUUUAUGAAAUAUGUGAGUUAUUUCUCUCUUACUUCUCAAAAAAUUAAACCUUUUACA